AUGGCCACCGCCACCAGGGCCACCCUCGCCACCGUCGCCACUAUCGCCACCGCUAACAGGGCCACGCACUAUCGCCACUACCACCCUGGCUACGCAAGGAUGACUCUGCUGUUUACAGACAGUGUGAAUGCCCUUACAACGGUCAUGAACCCGCUCAACGGCGCCCGUACUCGCUGCAUCGAUAUACGGUACAAAUAG